UCCAAAUAUCAUCAUAUCAUUUGUAGUGUAACAUAUUCAAAAAGAACUAAUAAUGGCUACAAUGAACUCAGGUGUAUUGGCAUGCAACUAUGCAGUGUCGGGUGGUAUUGGUUCCUUAAUGGAAUCCAACUUAAAACCAUCAUCAUCAUCUGCGACCGUCGGUAAUUACAAGUUACCGAUCAUCAAGGCUGCCAAACCGAGCGUCAGAUCCGAAGGCGAGUCACACGGCAGAAGAGCUGCUCUACUUUCCCUUGGGGCGGCACUCUUUGCCACAGCCACCUCAUCGGCUAAUGCUGGUGUCAUUGAUGAAUAUCUUGAAAAGUCCAAAGCUAACAAGGAAUUGAAUGACCAAAAGAGGUUGGCUACAAGUGGAGCAAACUUUGCAAGAGCAUACACGGUUCAGUUUGGAACAUGCACCUUCCCUUACAACUUCACUGGCUGCCAAGAUCUUGCUAAGCAAAAGAAAGUGCCGUUCAUAUCGGAUGAUAUAGAGUUGGAGUGCAAAGGGAAGGACAAGUUCAAGUGUGGUUCAAAUGUGUUCUGGAAAUGGUGAAUUAGUGAUGUAGUUUCAUUUGAUAAUUUCGUGUAAACCAUCUUUGUAUUUAUGUUUGAACAACCCAACUAUUUUGAAAUGUCUAUAUCGUAUUCUCGAUUCCAAUC